AUGGCCGGCAAAGAAGGUGAUGAGGUGCAGGCGCAUGUCAGUGGGCAGGCAAACAAGCCCAUGACUGCUCCUGCACACGCAUUGAAGAUCGACGAUGUUGUUGAUCAGCUCCAGGCCAACGUUGAAGUUGGUCUUAGCACCGAUGAGGCCAAGAAACGGCUGGAAGAGUAUGGCCGCAACGAAUUUGGCGAGCAAGAGGGUGUCCAGCCGCUCAAGAUCUUCAUUGGACAAAUCGCGAAUGCCCUGACACUUGUGCUUAUUCUGGCUAUGGGCGCCUCUUUUGGCAUUCAGUCCUGGAUCGAAGGUGGUGUCAUUAGUGCUGUUAUUAUUCUCAACAUCGUUGUCGGUUUCUUUCAAGAGUUCAAGGCUGCCAAAACCAUGGAUUCCCUUCGAUCCCUCAGCUCUCCUACUGCACAAGCGAUUCGAAAUGGCAACAAUGAGACUGUUGUCACGGCAGAAAUCGUCCCUGGUGACAUGGUUGAGCUCAAGACCGGAGACACAAUUCCUGCUGAUAUCCGUCUGGUCGAAGCAGUCAACUUUGAGACCAACGAAGCGCUGCUGACCGGGGAAUCUCUCCCCGUUCGAAAGGAACCUGUUCCGACAUAUGCAGAUGAUACUGGACCAGGCGACCGUCUCAAUGUUGCUUACAGCUCUUCCACUGUCACCAAAGGCCGAGCACGAGGCGUAGUAUUUGCUACUGGGCUUUAUACUGAAAUCGGUCAGAUUGCUGCUGCGCUCCGUGGCAAAAGCUCGCGACGACGUGAGCCCAAGCGUCGAGAUGAUGGCACUACUAGCUUCGGCCGCUGGCUUCAAGCGUGGUCUCUCACAUUUUCAGACGCUGUUGGCCGCUUCCUCGGUGUGAAUGUUGGCACCCCUCUUCAAAAGAAACUAUCCAAGCUCGCCCUGCUCCUGCUAGGCACGGCUAUUGUAUGCGCCAUCAUUGUCCUUGGCGCCAACAAAUUUGACACCAAACAAGAGGUUAUCAUUUAUGCAGUUGCUACAGGCCUGUCCAUGAUUCCUGCGUCGCUUAUUGUCGUUCUUACCAUCACCAUGGCCGCAGGUACGAAGCGCAUGGUCCAGCGUCACGUCAUUGUUCGCAACUUGAAGAGUCUUGAAGCUCUCGGUGCAGUUUCUAAUAUCUGCUCCGACAAGACUGGUACCCUUACCCAGGGUAACAUGAUUGUCAAAAAAGCCUGGGUUCCAGGGCGUGGUACAUACUCCGUCGGGACUACCAGCGAGCCCUUCAACCCAACGGUUGGUCAACUCGGCCUCAAGACUGCCCAACCCAAGGAUAUCAAUUUCCGCGGCGACGAUGCCGAUGGUGAGCCUAUUGAUGGUGCUGAUGCUGCUACCUCGGAUGCCACGCUCAGGGAGUAUCUUAACAUUGCCUCGCUUGCCAACCUUGCCUCCGUACACAAGGUGGAUGAUGAGUGGCAUGGACGAGGUGACCCAACCGAGAUCGCCAUCCAAGUGUUCGCGUCACGAUUCAACUGGAAUCGUCUCCGCCUAUCCGCCGGUGAAAACGCCCAAUGGCAGCAGGUUGCCGAGUUCCCUUUUGAUUCUGAUGUGAAAAAGAUGUCUGUCAUUUUCGAAAACAAGGAAACCAAGAAGCAGUGGCUCUUCACCAAGGGUGCUGUUGAGCGCCUCCUUCACUCCUGCCCUCAAUAUGCUGUGGGUGACGAAAUCCAAGAUCUGACUGAGGAUAUUCAGGAAGAUGUGCUCAAGAACAUGGAGGCCAUGGCUCGCCUCGGCCUUCGUGUGCUUGCCCUGGCUAGCCGAACGGAUAUUCCCCAUGUCAAGGAGAACGAGGCCGAGUUGGAGCGUGGCGAUUUCGAACAGGAUUUAGUCUUUCGCGGUCUCAUUGGCCUCUAUGACCCCCCUCGUCCCGAAUCCGCGCCGUCCGUGCGGAAGUGCCAUGAAGCCGGUGUCAGCGUUCAUAUGUUGACUGGUGACCAUCCAGAGACCGCCCGUGCUAUUGCCUUGGAGGUUGGAAUCCUACCAACCAGGAUGAAUGAGAUUGCCGCUGAUGUGGCCAAGACCAUGGUAAUGGCUGCAUCAGAUUUCGACAAACUAACUGACCAGGAAAUUGACGAGCUUCCUCUGCUCCCCCUUGUCGUCGCCCGAUGCGCCCCUCAGACCAAAGUUCGCAUGAUUGAAGCUCUCCAUCGUCGAAAGUGCUUUGUCGCCAUGACGGGUGACGGUGUCAACGACUCGCCUAGCUUGAAGCGCGCUGACGUUGGCAUUGCUAUGGGACAAGCUGGAUCCGAUGUCGCCAAAGAGGCUUCCGAUAUUGUGCUUACGGAUGACAAUUUUGCUUCUAUUCUCAACGCCGUUGAAGAAGGCCGUCGUAUGUUUGACAACAUCCAAAAAUUCAUUCUUCACGUCUUGGCGGAAAACAUCGCCCAGGCCUGUACUCUUUUGAUUGGUCUCGUCUUUAAGGACAAGCGCGGCAUUUCCGUGUUCCCUCUGGCUCCUGUGGAAAUUCUUUGGAUUAUCAUGAUUACCUCUGGUAUGCCUGAUAUGGGUCUCGGGUUUGAGAUUGCUGCUCCGGAUAUCAUGCAACGACCACCUCAGAACUUGAAGCAAGGUGUCUUUACCCCGGAACUUUUGGUUGACAUGGUGGUCUACGGCCUCUGGAUGUCAGGCCUCUGCCUGGCGUCCUUCGUCCUCGUCUUAUAUGGUUUUGGCAACGGCGCUGCUGACCUCGGUGACAACUGCAACAACGAGUACUCUGAGGAGUGUAAGGUUGUAUUCCGCGCUCGUGCCACGACAUUCGCAUGCCUCACCUGGUUUGCUCUCUUCCUGGCGUGGGAAAUGGUCAACAUGCGCCGAUCCUUCUUCCGCAUGCAGCCCAAGAGCAAGCGCUACUUUACGCAAUGGAUCAUCGAUGUCUGGCGCAACAAGUUCCUCUUCUGGGCUAUUGUCGCAGGCUUUGUCACCAUGUUCCCAAUUAUUUACAUCCCUGGUCUGAACACGGUUGUGUUUAAGCACGCCAGCAUCAGCUGGGAAUGGGGCAUUGUUUUUGUCGAAGCCGUCCUCUUCUUCUUGGGCAUUGAAGCCUGGAAGUGGGCUAAGCGAGUCUACUUCCGGCGACAGGCGAGAAAGAGGACCAAUCAUCAGACUGAUCUGGAGACUCGCACCUUUGGCCAUUAUUUUAAGAGUGGCAAUGCUAGUGGCGAGGAUGAAGAUGGUUCCAAUGUGGACAGUGAAGCCAACUCUGAGAAGAGGGAUCGUUCUACGGGCGCCAACGGGGAAAAGGAAGCUCAAUGA